AGCUAAGCAAACAAAAUCACAUAAACCUGCUUAGACAGCAACAAAAACAUAAGAAAAGUUUGACCGAUUGACACUCAUUUUUUAAGGCCAUUACAGAUGGAAUAAUGGAAUACAGCUGGCAGGCAGAUACUACCAUCCAAGAUACAGCUGCCAAGCCGAUACUACCAUCCAAGGUACAGCUGGCAGGCAGAUACUACUAUCCAAGGUACAGCUGGCAGGCAGAUACUACCAUCCAAGGUACAGCUGGCAGGCCGAUACUACCAUCCAAGGUACAGCUGGCAGGCCGAUACUACCAUCCAAGGUACAGCUGGCAGGCCGAUACUACCAUCCAAGGUACAGCUGGCAGGCCGAUACUACCAUCCAAGGUACAGCUGGCAGGCCGAUACUACCAUCCAAGGUACAGCUGGCAGGCCGAUACUACCAUCCAAGGUACAGCUGGCAGACCGAUACUACCAUCCAAGGUACAGCUGGCAGGCCGAUACUACCAUCCAAGGUACAGCUGGCAGGCCGAUACUACCAUCCAAGGUACAGCUGGCAGGCAGAUACUACCAUCCAAGGUACAGCUGGCAGGCCGAUACUACCAUCCAAGGUACAGCUGGCAGGCCGAUACUACCAUCCAAGGUACAGCUGGCAGGCCGAUACUACCAUCCAAGGUACAGCUGGCAGGCCGAUACUACCAUCCAAGGUACAGCUGCCAAGCCGAUACUACCAUCCGAGAUACAGCUGGCAGGCCGAUACUACCAUCCAAGGUACAGCUGGCAGGCCGAUACUACCAUCCAAGGUACAGCUGGCAGGCCGAUACUACCAUCCAAGGUACAGCUGCCAAGCCGAUACUACCAUCCAAGGUACAGCUGGCAGGCCGAUACUACCAUCCAAGGUACAGCUGGCAGGCCGAUACUACCAUCCAAGGUACAGCUGGCAGGCAGAUACUACCAUCCAAGGUACAGCUGGCAGGCCGAUACUACCAUCCAAGGUACAGCUGCCAGGCCGAUACUACCAUCCGAGAUACAGCUGGCAGGCCGAUACUACCAUCCAAGGUACAGCUGGCAGGCCGAUACUACUAUCCGAGAUACAGCUGGCAGGCAGAUACUACCAUCCAAGAUACAGCUGCCAAGCCGAUACUACCAUCCGAGAUACAGCUGGCAGGCCGAUACUACCAUCCAAGGUACAGCUGGCAGGCCGAUACUACCAUCCAAGGUACAGCUGGCAGGCCGAUACUACCAUCCAAGGUACAGCUGGCAGGCCGAUACUACCAUCCAAGGUACAGCUGGCAGGCCGAUACUACCAUCCAAGGUACAGCUGGCAGGCCGAUACUACCAUCCAAGGUACAGCUGCCAAGCCGAUACUACCAUCCAAGGUACAGCUGCCAAGCCGAUACUACCAUCCAAGGUACAGCUGGCAGGCCGAUACUACCAUCCAAGAUACAGCUGCCAAGCCGAUACUACCAUCCAAGGUACAGCUGGCAGGCCGAUACUACCAUCCAAGAUACAGCUGCCAAGCCGAUACUACCAUCCAAGGUACAGCUGGCAGGCCGAUACUACCAUCCAAGGUACAGCUGGCAGGCCGAUACUACCAUCCAAGGUACAGCUGGCAGGCCGAUACUACCAUCCAAGGUACAGCUGGCAGGCCGAUACUACCAUCCAAGAUACAGCUGCCAAGCCGAUACUACCAUCCAAGGUACAGCUGGCAGGCCGAUACUACCAUCCAAGAUACAGCUGCCAAGCCGAUACUACCAUCCAAGGUACAGCUGGCAGGCCGAUACUACCAUCCAAGGUACAGCUGGCAGGCCGAUACUACCAUCCAAGGUACAGCUGCCAAGCCGAUACUACCAUCCGAGAUACAGCUGCCAAGCCGAUACUACCAUCCAAGGUACAGCUGGCAGGCCGAUACUACCAUCCAAGGUACAGCUGGCAGGCCGAUACUACCAUCCAAGGUACAGCUGGCAGGCCGAUACUACCAUCCAAGGUACAGCUGCCAAGCCGAUACUACCAUCCGAGAUACAGCUGGCAGGCCGAUACUACCAUCCAAGGUACAGCUGGCAGGCAGAUACUACCAUCCAAGGUACAGCUGGCAGGCAGAUACUACCAUCCAAGAUACAGCUGCCAGGCCGAUACUACCAUCCGAGAUACAGCUUCCAGGCUGAUACUACCAUCCAAGAUACAGCUGCCAGGCCGAUACUACCAUCCGAGAUACAGCUGGCAGGCCGAUACUACCAUCCAAGGUACAGCUGGCAGGCCGAUACUACCAUCCAAGGUACAGCUGACAGUCCGAUACUACCAUCCAAGAUACAGCUGGCAGGCCGAUACUACCAUCCAAGGUACAGCUGGCAGGCCGAUACUACCAUCCAAGAUACAGCUGGCAGGCAGAUACUACCAUCCAAGGUACAGCUGGCAGGCCGAUACUACCAUCCAAGAUACAGCUGCCAAGCCGAUACUACCAUCCAAGGUACAGCUGCCAAGCCGAUACUACCAUCCAAGGUACAGCUGGCAGGCCGAUACUACCAUCCAAGGUACAGCUGA